GGUGUUGGAUUCUCUUCUUCUUCUUUUUCUUCUUCUUCUUCUUUCUGUCCUUCUUUCCCGUUCCAAUCUCAUCCCAAGCUCCAACCUUCGAUCCUCCUCCAUUGUACGUCCCCUGAGAUCCUCCAUCAUACGCUGAUCAACUCGUGAGUACUAUCUCAAACCCUAAAUCCCUAUGAUUCUUCAUCUGAUUCAUUCUUGGCCAUCAUUGGUUAUUACUCUUCAAGGUCAUGUCUUUCAUUAAUCUGGAGAAAUGUCAGAGACAAUGGCAUCAAGCUUUUGGGGGCCUGUGACAUCCUCUACUGAGUGGUGUGAGAAAAAUUACACCCAUUCGUCAUAUAUUGCAGAGUAUUACAACACUAUUUCAAAUAUUCCCUGCAUUCUUUUGGCUCUCAUUGGCCUGAUAAAUGCUAUGAGGCAACGCUUUGAGAAAAGAUUUAGCGUUCUUCACAUAUCUAAUAUGAUACUUUCCAUUGGGAGCAUGUUAUUCCAUGCCACACUACAACAUGUACAACAACAAGGCGAUGAAACACCAAUGGUGUGGGAGAUGCUUCUAUACAUUUACGUCCUCUAUUCACCUGACUGGCAUUAUAGGAGUACAAUGCCGACUUUCUUGUUUCUUUAUGGUGCUGGUUUUGCCAUUGUCCAUGCAUUGGUGCGCUUUGGUAUAGUAUUUAAACUGCAUUAUAUAGGGCUUUGCCUCUUGUGCAUACCUCGGAUGUACAAGUACUACAUACACACAAAAGACAUAGCUGCUAGACGACUUGCAAAACUCUAUGUGGCAACAAUCAGUCUCGGUAGCUUAUGCUGGUCACUUGACCGUCUCUUUUGCAGGCAACUUACGAAUUGGUAUAUCUAUCCACAAGGUCAUGCGUGGUGGCAUGUACUUAUGGGAUUCAAUUCGUAUUUUGCCAACACAUUCUUAAUGUUUUGUCGUGCUCAACAAUUAGAAUGGAAUCCCAAAGUUGUCCAUCUGUUCGGGUUUUUCCCGUAUGUGAAGAUUAAAAAACCGAAGAAGCAAUAGUGAAGAUAUCAUUUUGGUUUUGUUUUGCUAUGUUUUGUGCAAUUAUUUAUUUUGGCAUGAAAGCUGGCCAUUCAACAGUGAGAUUGUUCGACAGAUUUUCAUUUAUUUUCAGCAUAAAAUCUUGACACUUGUACCAUAUGUUGUGCAUGAUUUUCAUGUUUUGGUUUGAUAUGUAUUAUGUAGUGUCAUUUUUAUUUAAAGUAUAUGAAAUAGUUUUGAUAUUUUCUUAAUACAGUGAGAUUACAGAUCAGACAUGUCAAGUGAUGUAUGAAAGCAUUUGUGUUAUGUUUCCUGGCUGGAGAUCUGUUUAUUGUGCUUAAGGGAAAGUGAAGGAAGGAUGAUAUUUUUAAUUUGGUUAAAGUGCACA